CCGUUGAACUGAGUGGACGUCUACAGUGUCUUUGGUGUUUUUUGGGAUAUUCUUCAACUGGAUAUUCUUGCAAUCAUCUUAAAACAUUGGAUAUAUCUGUUAUGCCUUCCCAUAGAUCAGUGUUCUUCACUAUACUUGUCAUCCAAAUUCUACUUUGUGCUGUGUCAAUAGCCAAAUAUGUGCAUAUUGUUCCUCAAAAUUCACUUACGCCAAGAAGUGGCGGUUUGGUGGAAAGAUACGGUUACAGAGGGAUUAAUCUCUAUCCCGUGACAUCAACUGAGGCUACUGGAGCUAUAAGUUCAGCCUCCACCACAAGUACAAGCACCCCAACACCUCCAACACCGGCAAAAUUCGUCAAAGAAUCCGCCAUUGAAGGUCGCGGAAAGCAUCACUACAAAUUUGGAAAGAAGAAGAAAAAGGCCCUCAAGCAUCUCUAUCCACUGAUUGUGGGCCUAAUUACAGCUAAAUCCAUCAUAAUUCCACUUAUUUUCAAAAGCAUCAUCUUACUCUCAAAAUCAGCUUUUGUUCUCAGUUCACUUUCCUUUCUUGUUUCCAUAGUCUUAGGUAUCAAAGUCCUUGUCCUUCACUCCCUGCACAGUAAGGCGGGGUCCGAGAGUACCAAAGUUGAAGUGGUUCAUGUGCCACUUCAGCAAAAAUAUGGCCACUAUUCUGGUUGGAUAGACAGGGAAAUGGAAAAUAAGUACAUCCCGAUCUCAUCCACUUACGACAGUUACUACAGUGACAACGACAAAGCGUCUUCUGCUUCGUAUGGCUACUAAAAAUAAUUCUUAAAUUUCCAUGUAACUCACGAAUCUAAUGUAAGUGUGUUCUACAAAAUAAAUAAUUUAUUAUACAAAAUCAAUGACCCUGUUUGGAUGAUGUUCCAUUGAAAGUUUCUAUGAGAAUUGUCGGGUUCGUCAUCUAUUGUAUUGAAGUCUUUCGUUUGAAAUCAGCCCAGAUGCAUAAAUUACUCUACCGAUAUAUUGUAUUUGGUAUGAUAUGUAUCAGAAAAGAUAAAAAUAUGUUGUGGUUCGCAAAGUGACUCGGUAUUUGGAUAUUUUAAUAUUGUAUUGUCCAUUUUUGUUUGUUAUUUGUUUAUGUAAAAAUAAUUUAUUACGGCGACUAAGGAGUUGAUGAAAAAUUUAUUUAUUGACUUUCGUUAAAAAAUUUACUAAUAAAAACAAAAUAUAAUAGUUAUAAAUUUACAUUAAUAUCA